AUGCUCAACAUACAACUACCUCGACACUCUUCGAUCAAGAGCGACAGUGGCUCGCCGUCGUCGCCUUCGAGUGGUGCUCAAGCUCAGGGCGAGCAAGACUUGAGCCCGUUCUUGGACAUCGGCUCGCCCUUUGGGUUCAAACACGACAUGCACAUUCACUACAACUUUCAAGAAGCUCGAUUCGAGGGCAUUCCCGACAACUUUGCCGACUUUUUCCAUCGCAAAACGUCUGAGCGAAGUCGGGCUGAAACCAUCUCGGCAGUGGAUGCCUCGGUAGCUCUCGAUUUCAAGCGUACGUACUUGUCGAAACAGCGCCGAUCCCGCACGAGCUCCGCCUCUUCAGGGAGUUUCAGCUUGUCCAGCAUCAUGAGUGGAAGUAGCAGUAGCAGUAGUAGUAGUCCACACGAGUCGGAAGACAUUGUGGACCCCGUGCGGAUCCUCAACCAGCACUUUAAACUGCCAUUUCGACAAGUGCCACGCGUUGCGGUCCCAGGCUAUGACGAACGCAUUCCUGCCGUCUUGGUCAUGCUGCAGCAGCAUUUCGUCGCCAAAGAGGGUUACCUGACGCCUCACAUCUUUCGAGAGUCACCGAGUAAGGCCGAACGCGAUCAAGCCAUGGUGGACAUCAAUUGCGGCGCCUUUCAGGGGGCAGCGCACGACGUCAGGGUCGUGGCAGAUUUGAUCAAGCUCUGGUUCCGGGAACUCCCGCGUCCAAUUUUGCACGAAAUACCGACGAGGGACAUGGAACGUCUUGCGUCCACUGAGAACGUCUAUGUGGAACUACUCAGCGUCUUGGGAAACCUCGAACGCUGCAUCGUGCUGUGGUUAGCGGACCUUUUGUCGUUCGUAGCCGAGUACCAACCGCACAACCACAUGGGUGUGGACCAGCUUGCGAUUAUCAUUGCACCAAAUCUCGUUCGUCUCGAGACGGCAAACCCAAUGGUGGCCGUAGCUCUCUCGAAAGCUGCCGUCGACCUCUUUCGAGGUGUGCUUCGAGCACGUUUUCAGCUUCGCCAGGAGUUGAAGGCAGCUGAAGGCGUGGAAACCGUCGACGAACGUGCGUGA